AUGGUUAAGAAACUUCCAUUUACUCCACUUCACGGAAGAAGUGAAGAAACAAUAAAUAUUUAUACCCUUAUUACUGAAAGUAUUAAAAAAAAAACUCCAUUAUCACUUUAUAUUGGAGGGAAACCUGGUACUGGUAAAACAGCAACACUAAAUCAAAUUACACAGAAUCUUUCAACUAAGAAAAAUAUUAAAACUAUCUUUAUUAGUUGUACAUUAUGUCAAACAAAAGUAGCAUUGUAUCGUGAAAUUUCAUUGAAAUUUAUGAAUAAAACUUUUAGCUCUUCAGUAGCUUUAAAGAACAUUGAAAAAUAUUUUGGUGAACAAGACGAUUUUCUUUUGCUUGUUUUGGACGAAAUUGAUUUUCUAACGUCUAAGAGUCAGGAAAUGUUAUAUAUGGUUUUUGAUUGGCCAGCAAUUUUUCCAGGAAAAGUUGGAGUUGUUGGUAUAGCUAAUACACUUGAUCUCACACAUCGACUUUUACCAAAGUUAAAAAAAGGUGUUGAACCGGUAACUGUAAUGUUUCAACCUUACACAAAAGAUGAAUUGAUUGAAAUAUUAACAGAAACAUUAAAAAAUGAAUUUGGGGAUUGUGGUUCUAAAAAUAUUGAAUUUAUUGCUCGUAAGAUUGCGGCUAAGAAUGGCGACGUUAGAAUAGCAAUAAGCAUAGCGAAAAAGGCACUUCUUGAUCUUAGUGAAGAAAGUGAAAUAGUUUCAGAGAAUGAUAAUAACUCUAAAUUUAAAACCCCGGUAUUACAAACUCCAAAGUCAAAACUAAAUUCUUUAUCAGUUGUUAUGUCAACUAUGAAAAACAUUGAAGCUUCUCCAUUAGUACGUGCACAUAUACCAUAUCAACCACGUAUUAUUCUUGCAAUAAUGCUAAAGAUUGUUUCUAAGAAAAAAAACGGAGUUUUGAAUGAAAAUUUGCUUUUUUCUUCUUAUCAAAAACUUCAAGGAAUAUUAAAGUUACCUGAAUUAAAGCGAUCUGAACUUUUGGAAGCAUUGAGUACAUUAGAGUCACAAGGAUUAAUAAAUUAUUUUAAAAAUAAAUUAAAUUUAAGUGUCGAUGUUGAAGCAGCACAAAGGAUAAUAGCGGAUAAUGCAUUAAUUGCUGAAAUUGCAAAAGUUAAUUUUUGA